AACGCAUCAAUUUUAGAAAUUAAGUUCCAUCCUAGCUGUUGUUAAAUAAUUUUAAUUAAAAUAAAUUUAAAUUCGAAAAAAAACACGCAAAAUGGCAAUUCAAACUGCCGACUGAAAUUUGUAACGGACGCCCAGGAUUAGUUGUGGCCUCCGAGUUGCAAAAUUACUUCCUAGAUGCAGCCGCAGGGGAUUAGUGCCCCUCUCCCGUCUAUCCAUUGCGGGUAGGUCUCCAGUAAGGCUUCAGAGAGCGAGACUAAGAGAGCUUGGAAAAGGUUCUUUACAUUUUAGGGUUCGAAUCGAAGAAGGCAAGGUGAUGGCAUUGGACAAGGCCAAGGGAAUCGUUUCUUCUACUCCGGUCGUCGUCUUCAGCAAGUCUUUUUGCCCGUUCUGCGUGGAGGUGAAGAAGUUGUUGUCAGAUAUGGGGGCCUCCUUCAAGGCUAUUGAAUUAGACACUGAAAGUGACGGGGGUGAAAUACAAUCGGCACUGCUGGAGUGGACCGGACAGAGGACGGUUCCGAACGUGUUCAUCGGCGGCGUUCACAUCGGCGGCUGUGACAGUAUUGUCUUUUUUGAUCCCUUCGCCCGCCCGAUGAUUUCAGUUUCGCAUCCAUAUUUGACACACAUUCUUUUGCUGAUGAGUAAUUUCUUCAUUGAUUUGCAGCGACGACGGCCAAGCACAGGGAAGGGAAGCUUGUACCUCUGCUGACUGAAGCUAAAGCUCUUGCCUAGGUCACCGCCUGAUGAGGUUCAGCGAGCUGGGUAACUAAAGCUACAUAAUAACUAAAUAAAGUACCCCGGUUAGUGUUGGACUGUUGGGUCUAUUGGGUCAGUUUCUUUACCAAAACUUGUAUAGAACUUGAUAUUAUGAAUUUGCGUGUGAUGUAGAACUCAUGGUGCUUCUAGCAUCUCUUUUGUGAUUCACUAGUGUACCCAAUUUCAGAAA